AUGGCGACUCAGAAGACAGAUGGCAGGGGCCAGGCAGCAGCUGAGCUACUUGAACAGAGAAGAGGUGGCCACUGUGAUGACAGGAAGCAGACGCUGUUAGCACUGCUGGUGUUGGUGCUGUACCUGGGCACAGGGAUAUCAGGAAGCAGCUGGGAAGUGUCGGGACAGAUCAGGGACUGCAACUACCCUCAGACCCCUGUGGCAUCGCAGGGUUUUGAAUAUCAGACGAAGGAGCCCGCUGAAGAGCCAGUAAGGACCCUCAGGAAGUGGCUGAAGAUCAACUUGCACGGCUUUUUGGAGAAGCUAGAGAAAGAAGUGCGAGAUCUGGAACAGCUGGUGCGCGACCUGGAAUUCUGGCUGGAUGCGCUUCUGGGAGAGCCGCGCCCGGAGGACCCCUGCUCUGCCCACAAAGGUCACUUGUGA